GAUCAGGGAGUACGAAGCCGAAGCAAGAGGACUCACUCUACUGAAUCCAUAUCUGCCACAAAGAUCCCACCGAUGUAACAUGUGAUGAAUCAUGAAAGCCACAGUCUUGUGUUUGACUAAUCAUGUUUCCAGUUAAUGUAUGCAGUCUGAGAGGGACAGAGCUGCGGUGAAAACAGCGAAGAGAAAUCACCGAUCACAGUAUUUGAGUUUCUAUGACUUCCUCUCUGCACAAGCUAAGGGUUAGUGGAAAACGUCCAACCAGGCUGUAGUUUUCUGUCUCCUUUCCAGGCAGUGCGCAGUUCAUCUCGAGCAACUUUGUACUCACAGCGAAUCGCUUGAUACCAAACGGGGCGUGAGCUGCUUCAGUCAAAUAAAGGAUCGUCGGCGACAGAAAGCGUUUGGUACAAGAAGAAAAGAAGGCCUAACCAGGAGAAGAGAUCGUCUUUUAGGCACAAGCAGUAAUGGCGUUAGAGCUGUACUUGGACCUUUUUUCUCAGCCCUGCCGCUCAGUUUAUAUCUUCGCCAAGAAGAACAACAUCCCCUUUGAAUUCAAAAAAGUUUCGCUCCUGGAUGGUGAGCAGUAUGGAGAAGAGUUUGGGAAGAUCAACCUUAUAAGGAAAGCCCCUGCGCUGCGAGAUGGAGACUUUUGCCUGGCUGAAAGCAUUGCCAUCAUGCUGUACCUAGCAGAGAAGUUUAAGACUCCGGACUUCUGGUACCCUGCAGACCUUCAGCAGCGUGCUCGUGUUAAUGAGUAUCUGUCAUGGCAGCACAUGGCCAUCCGUUCGCAUGGAUCCAAGAUGUUCUGGCUCCGGCUUUUGGUUCCCAAAGCUCUGGGUGUGGAGGUCCCUCAGGACAAGCUGGAUGCAGCCUUGGAGGAUCUCAACGGCUCACUGAAACUCAUUGAAGAAAAAUUUCUCCAGGACAGGCCCUUCAUCGCAGGAGAUCACGUGUCAUUGGCUGACCUGGUUGCCAUUGUGGAGAUCAUGCAGCCUGUGGGCUCUGGCCUGGAUGUGUUCGAGGGGAGACCCAAACUGAGUGCCUGGCGGGACAGAGUCCGUGCUGCCAUCGGAAACGAGCUGUUUGACGACGCCCACCAGAUCAUCCUGGGAGCCACUGAGUUUGUGAAGCAGUUGGACCCCAGCAAGAUGCAAAUCUUCAAGCCCAAGAUCCUCAAGUUAUUCAUGUGAAGAGAACACUGGUUCUUUCCAAACUAGCUUAGAAAAGUUCACUUCUCAUACCUGACAUACUGAGAACACAUAUAACAUGCUUUGUCAUUAUCAUUACGUAUAGACUGGAUAAUACACAGUAUGCAUUCUGAUCUUUUUCUUAGAAUUCCCACUGUUUGGAUGUAAAAGCACAAGAAUGUUUGAUAUUAGUAUGAUAGCAUGUGAUGUCUCUGGCAAAACUCUGGACUCAUUAUGUAACACAGAGGAAUGUGAAAUUGGAGAUAACUGCUCCUCUGAGAGAUGUAGAAGGUCUUUGUCCACAGGCAUCAAGCCAUUUCCUCAGUGCUUCACUGUGGACAUAAGUUCAUGCAGUUCAUCAGCUGUUUGCCAUAUCAACACAUGUUGACACUCUUUCAAGCCAUAAUAAACAGUGCUUUUCCCA